AUGAUCCGCGCCGUUCUCAUCUUUAACACCCACGGCAAAGCCCGUCUGUCAAAGUUCUACGCGCCUGUCUCGGUUGUGCAGCAGCAGGCGCUCAUCUCGCAGAUCUUCAGCCUGAUCUCAGACCGCCCGGCGGGGGUAUGCAACUUUCUGGACGCGCCCGAACUCGUCUUCCCCUCCCCCUCGGCCGCGGGGAAGGAGGGCGACGACACGCGCGUCAUCUACCGCCACUACGCGACGCUGUACUUUGUCUUUGUGGUGGAUGGCGCUGAGAGCGAACUCGGCAUUCUGGACCUCAUCCAGGUGUUUGUGGAGAGCCUGGACCGGGCGUUCGAGAACGUCUGCGAGCUCGACCUCAUCUUCCACUUUGACGACGUGCAGUACGUGCUGGACGAGAUUAUCCAGGGCGGGUUAGUCCUUGAAACAAAUAUCAGCGAGAUCAACCUCUGCACACAAGCAGCGCAGAAGAACCGCAAGGCGAGCGCAGCAAGCGCAAAUCCCCUCAUGCCCUUCAUGCUCGUUACGCCUGGCGGGCGCGCCCGAGCCGUCGAAGGCCCACGACGAUGGCUUGCAUCCAUCGGUGUGUAG